AUGGCUAGGCACAAAUUUGCCCUAAAAACCAUUGGUUGGGUAUCUUUUGUGGAGAUCAUAUCUCAAAACCAGAAGACAAUUGGAAACACCCUAAAGUCCUGGAACGAGACCUUCCACACCAGGUUGGCUAGUCUGUCUGAGGAACCACCAGCGACUGACUGGGCUUACUACAAGGCUAAUGGGGCCAAGGCUGGCUUGGCAGAUGAUUUUGCAAAGAAGUUUAAUGCUCUGAAGAUCCCUGUGCCUGAGGAUAAAUACACAGCCCUGGUGGACACCGAGGAGAGGGAGGGUGUGAAGAACUGUGCCCAGUUUGUGUCUGGAUUUCAGGCCAGGAUCCAGGAGUAUGAGAAGCAGCUGGAGAAAAUAAAGAGCAUGAUUCCCUUUGACCAGAUGACCCCUGAUGACUUGAAUGAGAUCUUCCCAGAAACCAAGCUAGACAAGAAGAAGUACCCAUAG